AUGAUGUUGUCUAGUGCAUUAGGUAUUGACUGUGCACUUAUUUUUAUUAGUAUAUUGAUAAUAUAUUGUCAAUCUCGUAGUAUGGCUACUUUAGUUGGAUUCAAUUCUGCCAUAGCUGGCUCCAUUGUCAAUGUGGUCUUUGUUUGUCAACUGUGUGUAUUUCGUGGUUUCCUUGUGCAUAGCUCAUGUGGCCUUCUCUAUCAUUCAUUUUGUGUUCAGGCGCUUUAUCGUCUUUUGGGUACUAUACCAGAACGACAACCAUAUCUUCAAUCGGAAUGCACUAUAACAUGUAUUAUCCUAGUACAAUGGUUAGUUUCCUUAAAUUUUGCUCUUCCUCGUCUUUUGAAUGGCUAA